ACCGGCUAACCACUCUCACUGAAUCAACGUCACUUCCCCAUCUUGUUCUUCUUGGUCACCACCACCCCUCCUUCCCCCUCUUCACUGGUCAAAGGCACCACCCCCCAACGCAGUACAAGCCAAGCCAAACCAAGCCAGAGAGAGAAAGAGGGAGAGGAGGACCAGGUGUAGGUGUAUGCGAGGAGUGUGAGCCCACUGUCCCCAUUUCCAUACACACGCUAGCCACAUGGAGCAGACGGCGCCAGCGGCGCCGGAGCCGAUGUUGCUCGACGACCAGCCCCCCACCGCGGUCGCCUGCGAGAAGAAGCAGCAGGAUGGCGAGGCGCCGUACGCGGAGGCGAACGACGCCAUGACGGGUCACAUCAUCUCCACCACCAUCGGGGGCAAGAACGGAGAGCCGAAGCAGACGAUUAGCUACAUGGCGGAGCGCGUUGUGGGCACUGGUUCUUUUGGCAUUGUCUUUCAGGCUAAAUGCUUGGAAACUGGGGAAACAGUGGCUAUCAAGAAGGUACUGCAGGACCGACGGUACAAGAACCGUGAGCUGCAGCUUAUGCGCUCGAUUAACCAUCCCAAUGUCAUCUCCCUGAAGCACUGCUUUUUCUCGACCACAAGUAGAGAUGAGCUGUUCCUCAACCUUGUCAUGGAGUAUGUCCCUGAGACGCUCUACCGUGUGCUUAAGCACUACAGCAAUGCCAACCAACGGAUGCCACUUAUCUAUGUCAAGCUUUAUAUGUAUCAGCUAUUCAGGGGGCUUGCCUACAUUCAUACUGUUCCAGGUGUCUGCCAUAGGGAUGUGAAGCCACAAAAUGUUUUGGUUGAUCCUUUGACCCAUCAAGUCAAGAUCUGUGACUUUGGAAGCGCAAAAGUUCUGGUUGCGGGUGAGCCCAAUAUAUCGUACAUAUGCUCACGCUACUACCGUGCUCCGGAGCUCAUAUUUGGUGCAACUGAAUAUACAACAUCAAUAGAUAUAUGGUCAGCUGGUUGUGUUCUUGCAGAACUGCUCCUUGGUCAGCCACUAUUUCCAGGAGAGAGUGCAGUUGACCAACUUGUAGAGAUAAUCAAGGUUCUUGGUACGCCAACUCGGGAGGAAAUACGUUGCAUGAACCCGAAUUAUACAGAGUUUAGGUUUCCUCAGAUAAAAGCUCACCCUUGGCACAAGGUUUUCCACAAGAGAAUGCCUCCAGAAGCAAUAGAUCUUGCUUCGCGGCUUCUUCAAUAUUCACCAAGUCUCCGUUGCACCGCUCUUGAGGCAUGUGCACAUCCUUUCUUUGAUGAACUACGGGAGCUGAAUGCACGCUUGCCAAACGGGCGCCCAUUCCCACCUCUAUUCAACUUCAAGCAUGAACUGGCCAACGCCUCAGCAGAUCUCAUCAACAGGCUUGUUCCUGAACAUGUUCGGCGGCAACCCGGCUUCAACUUCUUCCAUGCUGGGAGCUAAAUACGCAGCAACGUGCUCAAUCUUGCACUUUGUUGUUUUGCUGACGGGCGAAGGGCGGUUUAGGUCAAGGCAAAGCCAGAUGAUCCCUCGUGCGAUAUGUCAGGUUAUGUCGCCAGAAGCACAGUUGGAGCACCUUAGAAGAACUGUGUAAUUUAUCUUAUCUGUCAAGGAAGAAGCCUUGCUUCACAUGUUUGGUAAUGAAUUGCGGAACGCGGGUACGGUGGAAGUCGUAGCGUUAGGCCUGUGACAUGAGUUGUAUUUUGAUUUUUGGCCCUGUUGUAAGCUGUAAUAACAGAGUAUAGCUAUCUUAAUGUAGCCUAGCUGUAAGCUGCCCCCCUGUUGCGUUCUCCA